AUGUCGGUUUACCAUCUACCAACGCUGCUGAAUCCGUUAAUCAAUGCUAUAUUUAACUGCCCUGAACCAGAGAAGUCGCCAUUGAAAAAGCUUUUCGCUAACUUAAAAACCCGUAGGUUCAUCCUCCUAGCGCCUCCUUUACGCUUUCUUUUGAAUUACCAUGAUGUCAAAACCAAGUUGCCGCUACAUGAACUUUGUUAUAAUGUUGACUUUAUAAACUCUCACAUAUUGCUAACGACCGAAAACUCUUAUUUAAACACGACUUUACGAGACAGUCACUAUGAAACGUUAGAUGGUAAAGCCGUUGUUAUCCAAUGGAAGAAUAAUAUCAUUCAUGCCUUGAACGGGUUUCCUAUAAGGCAAAGACUUAAGAUUUUAGAAACAAAAGUUUUACCUAACUUCAAUGACUACUUUGAGGGAGCCGCAGAUUUUGCUAUAUUAUUCAUAGAUCAGCCAUUAAAUUGUGAAGUUGCUCCCAACGACUACUUAAAAUGUUUCGAUAGUUAUGAAGAGGUGCCAAAAAAUGCACAAUCUGUGUCUAACCUGCCAGUAAAUUCAUAUGAACAAGAAAGAUCAUCGUUUGACAAUAUAUUGCAUAUUCAUUCUGCUCGUUUAGCACAACUGGGUCAACUGUUUUCCAACUAUAGAAGACUUGCUCCCAAUGAUGACCCGUCUAAAAAGAUGUUUGAAGAUAUUGUGCAACAAUCGUUUGACGGAAUGAAAUCCGAUUCACUCUUCAAAAAUUUUUCUAAUCUAUAUGACCUUAUUCAUGAUUACUUUGAAUUGAACCUUUAUGAUGACAUUUGGUCUAGACUUGUUACACAUUUCAAGGGCUACGAAGUGGACACUGAAAAAUAUAAGUAUUUUUCAGUAAAUCAGUUAUUGGCAGAUUUUUUUUCAAAAGAUUUCAAGGAGUUCAAGUUAAGUGACAUUACUUUCAUUGAAAGACGCGUUAAUGUAGCAUCUAAACAUUUCCAGAAGCUGACCUUAACUCAUUCAUACGCGGAAAAAUCUAAGAUCUUAGUUGAGACUUUGCAGCAAUUAUCAGGGCCCACCGAAAUAAGCUCCCAUCAACAAGAAUUGCCAAAUGGUCUAAACAGUUUAACAAUGGAUGCAGACACUUUAUUAAGCCUUUUUGUACUUGUUGUCUGUAGGAGUGAGCAAAAGCACCUGAAAAGCCAUCUUUAUUAUCUGCAAAACUUUUCGAAUAACCCGUCUUCCACAAAAUUCGGGAUUUUAGGGUAUGCCAUAUCUACACUGGAAGCCGUAGUUUGCUAUUUCGAAGACUUUGACAAAAAUAAUGAAAAUUUGGCGAAAGCAAACGUGUCAUACCAAAAAACAAGAGAGUUAUUGGAUAAAUUGUCAAGUGAAAACCCCACAAACGAAAUAGAAAAUCUAGCGACAUAUGAGGAUAAUUUGCAAUACAGAAACGAACAAGGCCAAUCCAUUUUAUCCAUAUGUAUAACCAAUACUAAAAACUGCAUCUUACUAGACGUUCUCACUGAAUAUGAAGAUCUUUUCCCAAUGGAAGAUAUCCUAGAAGAUGAAACUUUGGAUGGUUCUACCCUACUUAUAGAAUCAAUCAAAACGGGAAACAUAGAAGCUGCAAAAAUACUUAUUGGGAUUAUGCUGCUUAACUGUUCUGAAGGUGAGCUGGUUUCGUACGUCAAUAAAGCAGACAAAUAUGCACGAACUGUAGCACAUUAUCUAACCCAUGAAAUGGAUAUACUUAAAAGCAUUGGAAGUUAUGUUGAUUGGAAGCGAAAAAAUUCUAGUGGACAAACACCUUUAUUUUCCAUAUUUAGAACUUACGAUCAACCAAACUAUGAAGAAAUGGUAAAGAUAGCCUUCAAUAUUGCAAAUAGUUGGUAUCAAAAGCACAACAGCUCGUUUGACUAUCUAGAUCACACCGACAGUAAAGGUAAUAGCCUGCUGCAUAUUCUGAAAUCUGACGUUUCAAUCCUCUUACAGCUAUCUAAGCUAGAUAUUAAUGGAAGGAACUACAAAGGUCUAACUCCAUUGAUGAUAUAUGUCAAGUACAAGAGGAUAAGUAACAUCGAUGCCAUUACAAAAGAUAGUCGAUUAAUACUAGAAAAGGUUCAAAACUCGACCUUCUUUACUUGCUUCGAUUAUGCAAAGGACCACUCGGUACUAAGCAAAAUAGGGGAAAGAGGAGCAAGGGACUCACUUUUUGGAUUGGUUUACCUUCAUUCCUUACGAUAUCAUAAUUUAAAUGCUACGACGAAUAUAACAACCGCUUCAAAUACGGACAAACCUUUCCUAACAACGGUUAUAAACAUGAAAACAAUCCAGGGCUUACUACGCUCAAUUUUAAAAGACAAUCAGUUUACCUUUUUACCAUUAAAUAGCUAUAUCGAUGAAAUCUCGCAUUUAAACCGUUCUGACUUGACGAUAAUUGGAAAAGCAGACGUCAGGUCGCUACUGCACAAAUUAACUAACUGUUUCAACGUGCUCUUAUUCUUAAAAAAAGUUCCACAAAAUUUGUUUACCGAUGAGGCUUCUGUUUUGUAUUGGAUGCGCAUAAACACUUCCAAACGAAAUCAGAAACCUCCCAGCAAGGAUAAUCCCAAAACCAUGGAGCCAGAAGAAAUUAAUAUGAUACAAAGCUUUUUGCGCUUUAAUUUUGAUGAGAUUUCGUCAUUUAAGGCAAGUCUGAAUAUUCUAAGGAAGAUAUUAAUAUUUCUUAGUUUGAAGUCCAAUGACUUUGAAGAUACGUACGACAGCCUUCGAGAAAUGGGCAGAAAAAUCAUUAACGGUGAAGCCGCCGAUGCCUUUGCAAGGAUUUUCACAAAUCAUAACAUGUUCAGUGAUUUAGCACUCGCCGAACUACUAGAGCAUGUGAGUUUCCUAGAACAAUGUACCAUUCAGCUAUCUACUUUCGUCCAAACAAUCUUGUUUGAUAAAAUCACGAAAUGGUGGAAGCAUUACGGUGAAUUCCUUGCUUUACAGAAAAACUACCGAAAGGCAUUCCCUAGUGUAGUUAAACCGAAAAGCGCAACGGAUACUCCCAGUCAUAUCCCACUUGGUAGUUUUAUCGAAACCAAGCGUGAGCAAUCAGAGCAACGGCUGGCAGUUCAAAUUAAGGCCUCCUCAAAAAUCCUCAAGGAACUUGGAAGUGAGAUCUUUACGGCCCAUGAAAAGUUAGCUGAAGAGCUAAGCAAUUAUAUGGAGUUCAGAAAGGCAUGUUUGGAUCAGCGUACCAUUGUAGCAUUUGCUACAACCAAUAUCGGCAUUUUCCAAGAAUAUAUAUAA